AUGGCAUUCCAGACUGGUAAGAAAGUUCUUCUAAAAGUAUCACCCAUGAAAGGGGUGAUGAGAUUUGGCAAGAAGGUCAAUCUUAGUCCUCGAUACAUUGGUCCAUUUGAGAUUAUUGACUGUGUAGGGCCAGUGGCUUAUAGAUUUGCUUUACCUCAUAACCUAUCGAAAGUUCAUCCAGUAUUUCAUGUGUCCAUGUUGAAGAGAUAUCAUGGCAACGAGAAUCACAUCAUAAAAUGGGAUUCGGUGUUGUUAGAAAAAGACCUCCGGUAUGAGGAAGAACCGAUUGAAAUUAUUGAUCGUGAUGUUCAAAAGUUGAGGACCAAAGAGAUUAAGUUCGUGAAAGUUAAAUGGAAGCAUCGUCGAGUUGAGGAGGCUACUUGA